ACUCGAAUUGUCCCAGCCAUGGGGAGGCAUGUGGUAGAGAGGAUUCCUAGUGCUCGCGAAGUCGAAAGGCGAUCGUCGCAAGCGAAGAGCGCGCUAUCGCGCCACUUACAAAGAGUUUACCCUCUCAGCAUCAAGAAAAGCUGCUCAUUGCUCAGUCUCUCAUCCCUCUCUCUAUCUCAGAAUUCAAAUGCAUCGUCCCUCAAUAGCUCCUUCUCGAGUUGGGACCCCAAGAAUUCAGUGUCGUUGCGAAAGCUUUUCGGGUCUUGGGAGGGCACCGAGACAGGGUUCGGAGUCGAUGACUUGAGGUCUCUUCGUGGCGGCGAAGAUCCAGCUAGUGGAAUUCUGAGUGAUGAGUUAGGAAGCGGGAAGAGGUGCAAUUGGAUUACCGAAUUUAGCGAUGAAGCGUAUAUUUCAUUCCACGACGAGUAUUGGGGGGUACCCAUUUACAAUGACAAUCGACUCUUUGAGCUUCUUGCAUUGUGUGGAAUGCUGAUUGAUCACAAUUGGACUGAGAUAUUGAGGAGAAGAGAGAUAUACAGGAAAGUUUUCUUGGAAUUUGAUCAUCAUUUAGUAGCGAAGAUGGAAGAGAAAGACAUCAUGGACAUAACCUUCGACAAGGAGCUCAUGCUUGCGGAGUGUAGAGUGCGAUGCAUAGUGGAUAAUGCCAAGUGCAUUCAAAAGGUGAGUGAAGAAUUUGGAUCCUUUUGUAAGUACGUUUGGAGCCAAGUGAACCACAAGCCGAUGGUGAACAAAUACAAGUGCUCUCGGAGUGUGCCAUUGAGGACGCCGAAAUCUGAGGCGAUGAGCAAAGAUCUAGUUCGGAGAGGGUUUCGAUUGGUGGGUCCAGUCAUCGUCUACUCCUUCAUGCAAGCCGCCGGAUUAGCCAACGAUCAUCUUGUUCAUUGCUUCCGAUUCGACGAGUGUGUACGGUUUGGAGAGAGGGGAGGCAUUCCGUUACCCUACAAGGAUUAAUCAAUCAAUCUAUGUAUGUAUGUAUGUAUGAUAUGGUGUUUAUGAUUGUCAACUCUUUCGCAAUUUGGUUAAAUCAAUGCAUGAUCAAUGGAUUGGGUAGAGUCCCCUUGAAUUCCAUUGGUGUAAGUUCA